AUGGGCCCCUGUACCGCCUCCUCAUGCUGCUGCCAGGCCCCGUAAUCUGCCAUGGGCCCCCGAACCGACUCCUCAUGCUGCUGCCAGGCCCGUAAUCUGUCAUGGGCCCCUGUACCGCCUCCUCAUGCUGCUGCCAGGUCCAGAGUGUGUCAUGGGUCCCUGUACGGCCUCCCAUUGCUGCUGUCUCCAUCGCCACACUCUGCCAUGUGCCACUUUCAGGUCUCCUCACACUGCUGGUGGGUUCCAUUUUGUCAUAGGGUGCUGGCAGAUUACGGGCCUCCCAUUGCUGCUGCCAGGCCCGUAAUCUGCCAUGGGCCCCCGAACCGACUCCUCAUGCUGCUGCCAGGCCCGUAAUCUGUCAUGGGCCCCUGUACCGCCUCCUCAUGCUGCUGCCAG